GUAUAUUGAGUUCUGCGCGCGGGACUACAAGGAAGCCUGCAGAGUUGCGUGCGGUUGUUGUCGCUGCCACACAGCGUUAAUAACAUUUCAGAUUUAAUUUUUACUAACCUACACACACAGAGUCGACAUGUGGAACCAGGGAGGGUACAGUGAGUCGGGUGCGGGAGGAGGUUACACACAGUCUCCAGGAGGCUUUGCGUCACCUGCCGCGUCCCAGGGAGGAGAGAAGAAAGGGAGAACUCGUGCCAAUCAGAUAAUCCCCUGCACAGUGUCCCAGCUGAUGUCUGCCUCCCAGGCUGAUGAGGCCUUCAAAGUAGGAGAAGUAGAAGUUGCCCAGGUGACCAUUGUAGGUAUCAUCAGGGCCACAGACAAAUCCAUGACCAAAAUCCAGUACAAGGUGGACGACAUGACGGGUGCUCCAAUGGAUGUGAAGCAGUGGGUAGACACAGAGGACCCCAGUGUGGACAGCACUGUCCUGCCUCCUGGAACAUAUGUCAAAGUCUCUGGCAACCUGCGCUCCUUUCAGAACCACAGAUCUGUCGUGGCAUUUAGCGUCAGGCCACUGGAGGACAUGAAUGAAAUCACCUCACAUAUGCUGGAGGUUGUUCAAGCGCACAUGAUGCUAAGCAAAUCUCAAACCAUGUCAGGUGCCAAAAGAGGAAUGAGCAGUGACAUCAAACCCAUGUCACGACCAGGCAUGGAUAGCAUGGGUAGUAGCUACGCAGGUGCUAUGGACAUGACUAACAAUGGCCUAAGCGCAAACCAGAAUCAGGUGCUGAGUUUGAUAAGAGGCUGCCCAGACCAGCAAGGCAUCAGCAUUCAGGACCUAAAGCAGAGACUCGGUACCAUGAGUCUGGCUGCCAUCAAGCAAGCAGUGGAGUUCCUAAGCAAUGAAGGUCACAUCUUUUCAACCAUCGACGAAGAUCACUUCAAAUCAACAGACAGUGAUGAAUAAACACCUUCACCUUGGCACCAGUUAUCUGAGUUUAACCUGAUAUAAUUCAAUGGUAUAGGUUUUAUAACUCUAAGCUAUCAACUGACUCACACCUCUCGUUAAUGCCGCAGACCUGCGUGACAUCGUGUGAAACCCUCUGAUGUUGGUUAAAGAACACAUGGUUUAGGUGACGGUAACCUUUUGGUUUACACAUCCUGUAUUCCUGAGGUUGCUUCUGCUGUGUUGCAAGUCCCAAAGGUGUUGCUGUUGAAGAAGCCUCUGUUAGCUGUUCAUGCUACCGUUCUGUAUUUCCCACCUCUCCACUGUAAAGCAUUUUGUAAUUUUAAAGAUUUGGAUCGCACGUGCUACAUUUAUUUUUGUCUGUGUAACUUUAUCUCAAAAUUAAUAAACUACACAAAACAGUC